CCCACUAGUCAGCUCUUUUGUACCAUAACAACAGUUCGUUCGGCGGCAAUUUAAAUACAAAUAUGCCUCCUUCAUUAGAAAAAUACAGUAAUCCAAAUGACAAGCACGACUUGAAAAAAGAUAAGUCAAAAAGUACGACUCCGAAAAAACGCGUUCGUCGGUCAUACGAGCAACUUAAUCGAAAUGUGAAGUGCGAAUACUGCGACCGUUCAUACGCUUCCGAACACUCAAUGCAUCAGCACAUCCGUUUGAAACACAUUGCACCAUCUGUGGCUCUGCGACCCCUUGCGAACACAGUACUCUUGCCAAAAGUUGAUCAUGAAGAUGAUAUGGUGUUCAGAAAAGUAACACCUGCGGAUGUGUCACACCCGACUCCGAAUGACUCGCGCGGUGACCCCAUGGCCAGCUCUAAUUAUACUAUGAGACAUGGUUUUACGGACCCUGCCAGCUCGUAUUCAAUGUAUGACCGAUAUCAGGGUGGACAUCGAUACCCGGAAUAUUUGCAGGAUAUCGCAGUGCAUGCAUCACAAAAUAGGUCUCAUCCUUACAGCCCGCAUAUCUACUACAACAGAUCUCGACGAUUCCCACCCCGAGUUCAAAAUUCAGCUCACCCACCAAGAAACCAUAGCAAUGACGCCCUCCCAUGGCGCUCCAUCAACCAGAGCUUUAGAGAGAGGCGCGAGGAUGAUUUCAACACGACAAUGAACCAGAUACCGUUCUCACAGUCGCUCUCGGGUCAUCACAUCCGGCGAUCCUACGAUCAAGCCACUGAUCGGCAUGCGAUGGGCGAUGAUAGAUAUUUGGGCUACACCGCCAGCGACGGAACCUUCCCGCGAUGCAAUUCCGGUCCUUCUAUCUCGGCUCGGCAACAUUCACUGCGGUAUCAACAACGUCGACCGACAUCUAACGAUGAUUGGGCUGUUGAUACGAAUCCGAGAGUCUGGGAGGACCCCGAAUAUGUCGGAUUACGUAAAGUGCCAAACAUGCAUACCAGAACAGUUGUGCAGUCAGCUACUGGCGACGAUGUGGCAGAGCCAUCGAAGAUACCGCCAGGCCCCUCCGAUCAGAUACCGCCAGGCCCCUCCGAUCAGAUAAGUAAGGGGUGUAGCAACGCGGAAUCGGCGCUCUUGAAGCUCAAGAAUAUUCUCAAUGGUCUAUCUGGAGCCUCAGAUGCAUCAUAUGCACGAACGAACAGUAGCAAGUCAACAGCUCAGCGGCAGCAACAGCAGCAGCAAUUUCUUCAGCAGCAUCCGCGAUCGAAUCCAAAACGCGAGCGGAAAACCGUAGAAACACUGACAUCGUCUACACUCAACGCUCAGAUACAGAUUGGAGCUACCCCUACGAGCAACACUAACGCGGAUAUGCUAGCAAAUUUCCUGAAGGACAACGCGCUACUGUCACAAGAAAGCAGCGACUUCUCAAGUUUGGCUGAGACUAUGGCUAAAACUGAAAGUAGUGGUACUAGCACAUCAGAUAUAGGUACCGACGCUUUCGCGACGUACUUCAGCCAAGUACAAUACGAUACCGAAGCGUCAAAUCUAUGCGAUAUCACGAAGCCCUAUUUGAACUCUAGGUGAAAGUCACAUCAAUUAUUAUAGAUAAUGGUUAUAAAUAAGCGAUCCAGAUUGAAUUCGGCAUGUACUGCAAUGUUGAUGGUAUACUUUCACGGAUGUCAGGUUUGUGAGGCUGGGCCUGGUGCUAAUAUUGAUCGCGACCUGGCGGGGUUGUACGAUGACCAGUUGCAUAUUGAGGAGGAUUCAAUAAACAUUGAACUUGUGAUCUCGUGCACAGUAUGGGUGCUGACGUCAGCACAAGCACGAUACUUGAUCUCGGGGACCACUUGGACACAGCUGGUAGGCGCUGUGGGACUCGGGAUUUAUCUCAAUCGUAUCACAUUGUAUGUGUGGUUGAGAAGGAAUCAGGGCAUCAUGCUACAUAUAAUGUCUGGGUGAGAGGAAAUUAACAGAAACACCGAUAGGACAAGACACCGCUGUUCUGAAAGAGAUCCAUACUCUGGUCAGCUUCCCCAGUUUCCAUGCUAAAAUUGAUGUCCAUAGAAAUAAAUAAAACAGAAAUCCA